CCGGCGGGGGUCAAAACUUCCGCAACUGACUAUAUAUCGAGUUACCGUUUUUGAGCAAAAUCAAUUCCGGAGAUAGAUAGAAAUACGUAUUCGACUGUGUUGAGUCCUAAUCUGAUGUUAUUUUUUUAAGUAAAAGAUCACAUUGAGCAGGUAAAAUAGAGUGCAUCUUGAUAGUCCAACAUGAUUUGGAUGGGUUUUGACUGAGUUAUGAAUUUUUUAGUUUUACUCAAAAAUAGGCAAAAAUGGGUUAUUUCACCUCAUAUAGAUUUUCACUAGAUUUUGGGUACUUAUUUGAAAAAUUAAUGUUGACAUGAGAUUCAGCGUGGUUGAUUACCUAUGUUUCCAUUCGUUUUCGGAAUUACCACACUUAAAGAAAUUGAUCCUGGGAGUCAUAGGAACUCCGAUGCCACACCUGAACCAGGACAAAUUAAGAGUUUGUUUAGUUUCUGUUUUGGAGAGAAUACUUUGGACUAUAUCAAUAUGAAAAAAAACUGGUAGAUCGCUAUCUUAGUAUCCGGAGAUCCAAAUUGGUUUCCUAAAGACCUCCUAAAAAACCGAUCUUUCUGGUAUUUUUCGAAAAGGACUUUGCUUAAGAAAACAUACACGAAACUGUUUUCUUUCGAUUGCUGAAAACUUCAGAUCUCUAUCUUUGUUGGUUAUUCAAAAAGCGUUAAUUAGCGUGUCUCGUGUACAAAGAGUUAGCGUUUUUCUCAAAAUCGAUUUUUGUACUAGUGGUCAAACGUGGAGGAAAUUUUUUUCAAAUAUAGUUUAUAUAAAGAGGUGCGGUUGUUUUAUUUAUUAGAGCACUCGAUACUUCGGAUGAAGGGAAGAUGCCCGUUAAAACAAGAAAUGCUGGCAAUCGUCGUAUGACAACACAGACCAAAGCUUCUAAAUCUAAACAGCCUCCAAAAUUUUUGCUCAAUGCUUUGAAUGAUCGAAACAAUGAAAAUCAAGAUGAACAAUCAACUUCAUAUUCAGAGGUUGAGAAUGAAAAUUAUAUAGAAAUAUCUAUCAACAGUUCUUUCGAUGCCUCAAAUCAUACAACUCAACUGGAAGAAAUUUCACCAAUGAUUCAAGAAAGUGACAACGAAGAACCAAUUUCAUCUUAUGUCGACAUCCAUCGACGACAACCUGCAUCAUUUGAUGGAGAAAAUGAUCAAGGUGAACAAUCAUCUCUUAUUUCUCAACAACAAGAAAAUUAUUUGUUGGCAAACAAGGAUAUGGAUCUUCCUUCAGAAGAAGAUCAAAGUCGAAUAUUAGAUGAGCCGACACAUACAAACGAACAGCAUCAGAACACGUUGUUUCAUGAACAGCAAGAACAUGAUGAUGCAUUUCGAAUGAUGAGCAACAAUUCCAUUGAAGUACAAGUCCAUAGUAGUGCUGAUUCAGUUGGCUCACGUAUGAUAGGUCAUUCUCGGUUGGCAAACAAUCUACUUUUGGGUGAUAAGAAUCAAACAAAGGCUCAAGAAAACGAAGAUCCGGAAAUAGAAGGUCAAUCAGAUGGUGCCAAAUUUGCAAUAGACAACACCAGACAUUACACCACGUACUUCUUUGUACAAUCAGAAUUUACAGAUUACAAAGAGCAGAAAAUGUUAGCACGUAUACCCCAAUUUGUUUACGGGUAA